AUGUCAGUGGACCAGGAACAUUUCACUCACUACAAUGACUAUCCAACCAAUACUGGAGGGUUUUCAGACAAGCAUUUAUCCAGCAGAAAAUUCAUUAACACGUUCCUGGGCUUUGCAGAAAUAUACAAAGGUGGACAUACCUUUCUCAGUUUGUUUGAUGAAGAUGAAAACAGUGUGCAUUGGAAAGAUUGGGAAGUUGAAUCUUGGCUGCUGCAUUCAGGGUUGAGCAUGGGCAAAAUUGACUUAUUCUUGUUGCUAGAGAUGAUCAAGGCCCUUCCCUUGUCAUUUUGCUCUGUGAAGGAACUACAAAGCCAAGUAGAACAACUACCAAGUGGCCCACAAUGGAUGUUGAAGGUUAUUGAAACAUCUUAUCCCACAAAAUCCCCCAUGAUCCUGUACUGGCAUAAUCCUGUAGAAUGCAUCGCCAGCAUUCUGAAUGACCCUUCCUUUCAAGAUCAUUUUCACUUCACACCUCACAAGGUUUACGCUACUGCAGAGUGGAAUUGUUGUAUCUACUCAGAAUGGAUGACAAGUGAUGAUGCAUGGAACAUGCAGUCAACACUACCCAAUGGUGCCACGCUCCUUGGAACUAUAUUGUCCUCAGAUAAGACAACUAUUUCCACUCUGACUGGCAAUAGAGUCGUGCACCCUCUCCUUAUUAGUCUUGCAAAUAUAUCUAUGAAGACUCAUGCAAAAAUGACAUCCAACUCAUUUCUCCUUACUGCCCUCCUUCUGGUGCCCAAGUUCAUUCACAAGAACAAACAUAUGCGAGGCAUACUAGAGGACCAUCUCAUCCAUCAAUGCCUAGACAUCAUUCUCAAACUGCUCAAGCAAGCUGCUCAUGUUGGCAUCAUGAUGUCAGAUCCUGCAGGCAAUAACUGGCAUUGCUACACUGGACUUGUGAGUUAUAUUGCUGACACACUGGAAGUGAUGAUGCUAUCUACUGUUGGGGGAAAGACAUCACCAUUGACUGUGGCAAUGUUUAAGCAGUUUGGGGACCUUUUUCACUAUGAACCCCACACAAAGUCACUCACCCUUACACAGCUCAAAGUUGUCUGCUCACAUGCAGACCCUGUCAAUCUUGAGGUGUUUUUCCAUGAAGCACAGAAAUUCUGGUUAAAUGGUGUCAUUAAGCCAUUUUGGAACAAUUGGAUUCUGGCAGAACCAUCACACUUUUUCACUCCUGAAAUGCUGCAUCACUUUCACCAAGAAUUUUAUGACCAUGAUGUGAGAUGGCUCAUCAACACUGUUGGUGAACUUGAGAUUGAUUUCUGUUUUUCUGUCCUGCCUCAUGUUACUGGAUUUUGA